AUGAGCUGUUCCAGCUCAAGGCGCCAGCAGCCAAGUCCGAUGUGUUCCACCUCCGGCGGUGCGGAUCUGGUCAAGACGCUGCUGCCCCAGCUGGAUCCCCUGACUGAGCAGCAACUGGUAGGCAUAUGCAACCUUCAACAGUCAUCACAGCAGGCGGAGGAAGCUCUCUCCCAGGGCCUGGACCAGCUGCAUCAGUCACUAGCUGACACCAUGGCUGGUGGAUCUCUGAUUGAUGACACCAACAUGAGCUUCAUGGGUCAAAUGGCCCUUGCCCUUGGCAAGCUGUCCAACCUUGAAGGUUUUGUGAUACAGGUUAUGGUUUCACAUGAAAUUUUCACUCUUGAUCAUUAUGUCAGUGUUAUAUAG